CGCGCUUCACAACCAACAGUGCAGACGGACGCCAUGUAAACAAACGUUCAAAUGAUAUUCUGGUUGCCAAGUUUGACACACUAAAAAGCCGUUUUCGAUUUUAAUCAGCAGCAUGCCGAAAUGCCUCAUACAUGCUGUGAGAGACUACAGAACUGGUCGAUGGUUUGGUGGUCAAGAACGUGAUCCAAACGUCAUGACGACUCGUUCAGGUUUGGCAAUCAAAAAGGUACCGUUCCGACACAAGAAGCAGUCAUCAGACUCUCGCUCUCCACAGAAAGAGGUCAAGCCCACCACAAGAAACCCACAGAAGAAGAAAAAAUACCCAAUUGUUAAGUACAAGUCUAUGAGCUACAUGUCCUUCGUCACGAGGUUCCAAAUCAGCUUGCGCGUGCCACACCUGGAGUUGGCCGGUGUGAACCCCAGGGAGACAUUGGAGUGUUUGGGCGAAUAUCCGUGUGAGAACAGGUCCGACCUGCCGAGUGACUACGACUCCGAAUCAAGCAAUGAAUGGCAAACCGACGAUGAAUACGAAAAUGAUGACGUUUUCUUGGGGACUUAUCAGGAGGAAUCCGACUUCGGGUUACUUGAUGAUAACAUGUCAGAUGAUUCACAGUUAGAUCCCAUCAUCGACUUCGAUUCUGAGCCAAAGCCAAACUACGACAAGAACGACAACUCCUAUCUCAUCGACUCUGAUUCGAACGAAAGCGUGAAGGAUUUCGCCGAUUUAUGUUUGACAGACGAUUGUGAUUCAUCGCAGCCCGAGAGUAAUGAGGACGUGACUGAGUAUGCCCGAAGGUUGCUGGAGUCCGGUCGAAAUCGGAGAGUCAUGCUUAAUGUCCAACCAGAGGAGACAUUUGAAGAGUCGUCAAGUUUGCGCUGUGACGAUUGCAACAGGACGUUCGCGACACUGUCGGCGUUCACUGCCCACCUCAGAUCCCAUCAUAUGAAACAGAAGAACAAGUGCGAUAUAUGCGGAAAGAUAUUCACCCGGUCAUGGCUUCUUAAGGGUCAUACCCGAACCCAUACGGGCGAACGACCUUUCACGUGUCCCAGUGUAGGCUGCGACAAGGCAUUCGCGGACAAAAGUAAUUUGCGUUCCCAUAUGCUGAUUCAUUCCGUCAAAUGCAAAAACUUUUCCUGUCAGCGAUGCGGGAGGGCUUUCGCACAGAAGCGGUAUCUACACAAACAUAUGCUGGAAGUAUGUAGGCUCCUAUGAACAGCAUACGUCUAUCAAUACCGUGCUUUAUUGUGCAAUGACAGCACGGACGAUUUGUAAUGAUACCAGAGCACUUAUUUCAUAUACAAAAAGCUUUUAAGUAUUGCUAUUAUUCCUAUUAAUAUAUACCUAUUUAUUGUGACCUAUAGUAGAAUUUACUCUGGUAUUUGAGAUAUUUACUUGUGAAUGCAAAUAUAUGAUAAUUAGCUUAUAACAUUUGAUAUACAAGAUGUCAAUUUUGUAAAAGAAAUGCAUGUUUUAAUUUAUAAUCUGUAUUAAAUUAAGAACUAUCGGGGACUGCCAAGUUUGUAAUGUACUUUGAACUCGAAAUUUUUAAAUAUAAUAAAUUUUACAUGA